AUGGGAGCCCCUCUUCAAAACAUCCUACUCCUGGGAGGCGCAGGUACUCUGGGACCUUCCAUCAUCACGGCUCUUGCUGCCAACGGAACUUUCAACAUCUCGGUCCUCAGUCGGCCCGAUUCCAAGUCUACCUUUCCAUCGGGAGUCAAGAAAGUCACCAGCGACUUCACCAAGUCCUCCCUAGUUGAAUCUUUCAAGGGACAGGAUGCAGUCGUUGAUCUGAUUGCUCAAGGCUCUCUAGACGAGCGCAAGAGAUUCGUCGAUGCAGCUGCCGAGGCCGGUGUCAAGCGAUACAUUCCAGGCGAAUUUAGCGGAAACAUGGAAAACAAGGCCAAUGUCUCCGUUUUCCCCUUGUUCGCAGACCGUGUAGCGGCGCGCGAAUACGUCAAGGCAAAGGCCGCUGCCGUCCCCGGCUUUACCUUCACGAUGAUUUCAAACGGCCCGUUUUAUGACUGGGCGCUCAAGAAUGGCUUUAUUGGUUUCAACCUUGAAACUCAGAAUGCCACCAUUUAUGGGGAUGGCAAUCAGCCAGCCAGCUGCACCACGCUGAGCUCUGUCGGCCAAGCGGUAGCAAGCAUCCUGUCUAAGCCUGCCGAGACGGAAAACAAGGGCUUGUUUAUCGCCUCGUUCACGCCUUCGCAAAACGAAAUCUUGGCGGCCUUGGAGGAGGCAACUGGCAAGAAGUGGACAGUGAACAAGGUGGGCAUCGCCGAUGCCAUUUCUCAGGGCUUCGAAGCCUUGGGCAAGGGUGACUUGUCCGGAUUUGUGGGCGUUUUGAUGGGAAGUACAUACGGGCCAGGCAAUGGAAACGACUUCCCCAAGAAUGGUGGAGUGAGUAACGAACUACUUGGUCUUCCCAAGGAGGAUCUUAAGGCGGUUACUGCAGCCAUUGUGGAGGGCAAAGAUGUUUAAGCCACAAUAGCUAAGAGAUUCUCGGUACAUAGAACAUCAAGCUAGAACCCGAGGUUAUGUCACUAGGCUGAUGCCAGUAAAAGCAUUACUAGAAGUUCCGCAAACCUGUGAAUUAUUUAUUUGAG